GAGGAGAAGGAGAGCGAGGGAGCAGAGCGAGCGUUCCUCUCACACCGUCGGACAACUCGGAUCGGAUUCUUUUCACACACUCUUUCACCCCUCCUCUUUCUCUCGUCCUCCUCCUCCUUUCCCUCCCUCCCUUUCUCCCUCAACCCAGGGGUUUUGUUCUCCAGGACCGGGGCAACUUUUUUUUUUUUCCCACACGGUGCCUCACGAGCAAGAGCACGGCUGUGUUUUUUCCACUCUCAGCUUUUCCUUUUUCCUGCGUGGAUCCUUUUACCCUCCGCCACGUUCGAGUCCUCUGAGCAUGUGAGAGACGGGACGUGAAGGAUGGCCGUGCAGAUCUAAGCUGCUUAUCGUCCGUGCAGUGAUUUAACAUACACACACACGCGCGUUAAAAGUUUGGUCUAGACGUGCCUGUGUGCUCCAAAAGGGGAUCUCAGCCAUGCCCGCUGAAGUCAAGCAGGAGCAGAGUCCCAGCAACCAGACGUCUCUUGCCAUGAUGCAGGAGCCGCAGGAGGUGGUGGAGGAGACGGUCACUAUCGAGGAGGACCCCGGCACGCCCACUUCACACGUCUCCGUGGUGACAUCAGAAGAUGGAACCACGCGCCGCACGGAGACCAAAGUGACCAAGAUGGUGAAGACGGUAACGACCCGCACUGUGCGCCAGAUGCCGCUAGGUCCCGACGGUCUGCCCAUUGCUGACGGUUCCUCACCCCUGGGCAGCUACACCGACUCCAUCGACCGUCGCUUCAUGAAGAACGGCGAGCGCUUCGUCACACCUCAGGCCACGUCCACGCUCACGCGCUCCUACAACCACAGUAACUACGGCGACUCGUAUUACAGCCCGCAUGAUGCCUACGGGGACGUUUGUGACAAUUACGGCAGCCUCUCCCGGGGCCUCAACUACCGGCCCUACCGGCCCUAUGCCUACCGCAUGGAAAACAGCUACACCCUUCCCAUCCGGAGGGACGACUACGGACACAUGGCCCAGCCACAGGUACCCGUGGGGGGCAGCAGCACCAUGGACCUCAAUCGCUCGCAGCCCGAGCGCUUCCAGCCCGAGCCAUACGGACUGGAGGACGACCGGCGCAGUCUGGGCCCAGAUGACGAAGAACCAUACGAGCUGGAGCCCGACUACUCCACCGCCAGCCGCCGCACACUGCCUGGCGCCGCACGCGUUAUCAGAGAGCCUCUGCGCAACGGGCCUCGCAUCAGAGGCUACGAUGACCCCAUAGAGUCUGAGCUGAUUGAUGAGCAGCAACGCUACGCUCCUGGCAUGUACCCUGCCCCACUCGCACAGCCCGAGCGGGGCAGCACGGCCAGCCUGGAUGGCGGCCUCGAAGCCGCCAUGGCCCGCCAGGACCCCCGCUGCUGGCGUGACCCGGACCUCCCUGAGGUCAUUGCCAUGCUGGGCCACCCUCUCGAUCCGGUCAAGGCAAAUGCUGCCGCCUACCUGCAGCACCUGUGCUACGAAAACGAUGCGGUAAAGAAGGCUGUGCGCCAGCUGAACGGCAUCCCUGCCCUGGUGGCCUUGCUCGAGCACCCCAAGGGCGAAGUGCAGCGCAAAGCAUGUGGAGCUCUGCGCAACCUCUCCUUCGGGAAGGACAAUGAAAACAAGGCGGCCAUUAGGAGCUGCGACGGAAUCCCCGCCCUCGUUCGGCUGCUCAGGAAAAGCGGCGACGCAGAGGUCCGCGAACUUGUCACAGGAACAUUGUGGAACUUGUCCUCCUACGAGCAGCUGAAGAUGGUGAUCAUAAACCACGCGCUGCAGACCAUGACCAACGAGGUGGUGAUCCCGCACUCGGGCUGGGAGGCCGAGCCCAACGAGGACUCGAAGCCCAGGGACGCCCAGUGGACCACCGUGUUCAAGAACACGUCCGGAUGCCUGCGGAACGUGAGUUCGGACGGAGCGGAGGCGCGCAGGAGACUUCGGGAAUGCGACGGCCUGGUGGACGCUCUGCUCCAUGCUCUCCUGUCAGCUGUGGGGAAGAAGGACAUGGACAACAAGUCUGUCGAGAACUGCGUGUGCAUCAUGAGGAACCUCUCCUACCACGUUCACAAAGAAGUCCCGGGUGCAGACAAGUACCAGGACGCAUCCUCGCUUCAGGCUCCGGGCUCUGCGGGGACCCACCGGAAGAAGAAGGACGACGCCGGCUGCUUCGGGAGCAAGAAGGCUAAAGAGGAAUGGUUUAAUCAAGGAAGACGGAGUGGAGACAACGAUAAAAACUAUGACACGAUGGACCUCCCGAAGCGUACCGAGCCCACUAAAGGGUUCGAGUUGCUCUACCAGCCUGAGGUGGUACGUCUCUAUCUGUCCCUGCUGACCGAGAGCCAGAACUACAACACUUUGGAGGCAGCGGCAGGGGCUUUACAGAAUCUCAGCGCUGGACAGUGGACUUGGUCCAGCUACAUCCGGGCAACGGUGCGUAAGGAGAAAGGCCUGCCCAUCUUGGUGGAGCUGCUCCGCUCCGACUCGGACAAGGUGGUGCGGGCCAUCGCCAUCGCCCUGCGCAACCUCUCCAUCGACCGCCGCAACAAAGAUCUCAUAGGGAGCUACGCGAUGAGGGACUUAGUGAGUAACCUGCCCAGCGGUCAGCAGCGUCCUGCCAAGAACCUGGAGGAGGACACGGUGGUGGCGGUGCUCAACACCAUCCACGAGAUAGUGACGGACAGCUCGGAGAACGCUCGCUCGCUCAUCAUGGCUCAGGCCAUCGAUAAACUGGUGUCCAUCCACAGGACCAGCCAGUCGGCUCGAGAGACCAAGGCUGCUUCGCACAUCUUGCAGACGGUGUGGAGCUACAAAGAGCUGAGGAACACGCUGACCAAGGACGGCUGGAACAAGACACAUUUUCAGCCCACAACCACCGUGCCUCCGAAAGGCUCCAAGAGCAGCAAGUCAGGAUACGAUGACAGCACCCUCCCCCUGAUGGACAAGAGCCAAGGCGACAGAGGCUGUGGCACGGGCGCUAUGAUACCUAUGGAUGAACUCGGUCCAGAUGGUUAUUCCACCAUUGACCAAAGGGAUAAAGAGUGCAAGUACAAAACCAGUGACGCCUCGUCCGAUCUGACGGAGCACGAGCCUCUGAAGAAUGACACGAAUAGGAAGCACUAUAUCCGGAGCAACAGGCCGACAGUGAGUCUUGUGGACGCUUGCGAUGUCAAGCCUCAGCCUGUUGACUCCUGGGUGUAAAUGCAUGCAUGGCUUAGCCAGCGGUCAGCGCUACAUCACAACCAGUCAAAGGAUCUCACGAGACACGAGUCACCACUGCCAUUUCCUCCACGAUGUCGCCGACGUGGACUCAUCAGCAAAGACACACACACACACACACACACACACACACACACACAGCGCAUUCUUUCAUUAGGCGAGAUGAAAUGAAUCGAAACGGAAUGACGGACUGCAGCAACACAGAUACACAUAUACACACACACACACACACACACACAGGACAAUUCUCACACACAUGCAUUCCCAGUGUGCGGCCAGGGUCCGAGCAGCACGACACCAACGCCAUGGAUGAUGAAGGAUGAGUGCAGCAUGGAGAGAGAACGUGGUGAUGUGGGCAGGAACAUGUAUGGAAAGGAAAAAGGGAUUAAAAAAAUGUAGUUUUUCUUUUCUUUUUGUCA